AUGCAUUAGAAGACAUCUCAAAGCUAAAAGAUUUUCAAUAAUCAAUAUUAGAUAGUUAAAAAGCUUUCAUCAGGUUCAUUCGGAGUGGUCUUUUUGGGAAUAGACUUGUUGUCAAAAUAUGAAGUGGCAAUUAAAGUUGAGAAGGAGGAAAAUGAGGAAGUACGUUCACUUGAGAGAGAAGUGCAGAUUCUAAAAAAAUUGGAUGGAGCAGAGGGGUUUCCUAAAUAUCUUUGGUCUGGUGAAGAUUAAGGUUAUAAUAUUUUGGUAAUUUAAUUGUUGGGUAAGGACUUAGCUUAUCAUUUUAAACAAUUAAAGAAAUUUUCACUAAAAACAGUAUUGACCCUUGGGAUUCAAGCUGUGCAGAUACUAGAGAGAUCUCAUUAAAAAGGAGUGAUUCACAGAGAUCUCAAACCAGAGAAUAUGAUCCUUGGAAUAGGAAGAGACUUAGCUAAAUUGUACUUAAUUGACUUUGGCAUAAGCAAAAUAUAUAGAGAUUCAAAUGGGAAACAUAUAUCUUUUAAGGAAUAGAAAUCCUUUUUAGGAACCACAAGAUAUGCUUCUAUUGCUGCUCAUUUAGGACAUGAGUUGGGUAGAAAAGAUGACCUUGAGUCCUUAAUGUACAUACUGUUAUACUUCUUACGUGGACAGCUACCAUGGUAGAAUAUGAUUAAUGUUACUGAUGAUGAAAGGACAAAGAAAGUUGGGGAUAUGAAGUUAGCCCUUGAAAGCAGUUUAUUUAAGGAUUAGACAGGGGAGCUUUAAAGAAUAUAUGACUAUAUAAGGAAAUUGCAAUUCAAGCAGGAGCCUAAUUAUAAAAUGAUAUUGUAGGAAUUUAAAAGAGCUGCGGAUUCCACAAAUACUGUGAUUGAUGGCAAUUUUGAUUGGACUGAAAUAAAAUCAUCAACACAUUAUAAGACUGAUACAAAUUAAAAUUUAAGUCGAAACAACAUACCACUUAACUCGAAUGAGAUGAAAAGGUCUAUAGAGAAAUAACUAUCAGGACUUGUCUAAAAUGGUUCUAAUAAUCUUUUGGCUCCUCCUCCUGUAGGUUCUACUAGGAAUACAAUUCAGCGAGACGAUAUUCGUAAGAAUUCAAGUCUCACUUAAUAAACUAGCAUCAAUUAUUGCUAAUCUCUCAAUCCUAACUAUUAGAAAUCCAUUUGUGAAGAAAACUUGAAUGAUGAAUAAUAACAUUAUUUUGAUUUUGACAGUGUUGAAAUUAGUGAGAAUCAAAAAACAGAUAGUUCUCUACAUUAUAAAUACGAUAAAAUAAAAAAUGGAUUUUUUGUGUAUUUGAAUGUUUGA